GGAGGAGAUCCUGCACAGAAGGUCUCAGGAUUUCUCACCGUCCACGAUGCUACUGCGUUCCUUCGCCAGGCAGGUCCUUAGGAGUGACCUGGCAUCCUUCCCUCAGCUGCUCAGGAGGGCAGAGCUGCACGUAGGGGUCAUUGGAGCACCUUUCAACAAGGGACAGCGUCGCAUGGGUGUUAAGGAUGGCCCGUCCGUGAUCAAGGACACCGGGUUCCUAGACGACUUGCGAAAUCUAGGAGUGGACGUGACCGACUUCGGGUCCGUGACGCUCCCGCACCCGGAGGACAACGAGGCGGGUCCCUCCGGCGAGCGCUGGCACAAAACGGUCUUGGAGUACAACCGCCUGCUGGCCAGUUCGGUCACCCAGGCCCUGAGGGAGACCGACCUGUGCCUGACCGUUGGGGGAGACCACUCGAUAGCCAUUGGAACCGUUAACGGCCAUAGUCAGGUUAACCCGGACCACCAGGUAGUCGUGCUCUGGGUCGACGCCCACGCUGACGUCAACCUGGGCAAGACUUCACCUUCGGGAAAUAUGCACGGGAUGCCGGUCUCAUUCCACCUCAGGGAACUCGCGGAGCAGGUUAACCGGCUGCCGGACCAGUGGCCGAAGCCGUGCAUCUCCGCACAACACAUCAGUUAUAUCGGACUGAGAGAUCUGGACCCCGGCGAGGUACGAAUGAUAAAGGACAUGGGCAUCCAAGCCUUCUGGGCGAGUGACGUCGAACGCCUAGGACUUCCAGCUGUUCUGAGCAUGUGUAUGGAGCACCUGCAGCCCUCGGAGAAGCGGCCCCUCCACAUAUCCUUCGACAUCGAUGCUCUGGAUCCUAUGGAGGCCCCGAGUACAGGAACGCCAGUACGCGGCGGCCUAACCUUACGAGAGGGGCUGACCAUCGCCGAGACAGCACGAGCCACGGGACACCUCCGCGCCUUCGACAUGGUUGAAGUGAACCCCGACUUGGGCAACCAGAACGACGCCAACCUCACUUCACAAGCCGCUCGCCUCGUUAUCCUAUCCGCUUUGGCUGGAUAUAGGGGUGCCUAGUUCAGUUAGCCUUGGGAGAGGUGGGGCGAGGGAGGGAGGAGG